AUGCCUCCUCCACCCGGCUCACCUCCCCCUAUCCCUCCGCCCGUCCCAGUUGAGACUCACCCCAACCGGACAAGCAGCUUGAAGCCUCCACCGGAGCUCCGCGCGCUCCCAGACCCAACACGGCUCGCUCCAGAAGACGCCUAUUUCUCAUCUGCUCAUCUAAGAGGUCGGACGGCGAAUGCAAACUACGAUGACUCACUCCGAGCGCUAAACGGCAACGCUGCUGCUUUGCGACCGCAGCCCGCGUAUCCGGGCGCGGACAGUCGAAAAGAGCGCAAAGUGAGGGGGCCGAGCAGACGGAGGAGACGAAAAGGGGCAUGGAAGAAGUUACUCUGGGUGAAGCAGUCAUAUCCGGACAACUACACCGACACCGAAACCUUUCUCGACCAUCUCCAGCGCAACCCGCGCGUGCGGCCCUACGACUUCUGGCCUCUAGUGGCUGACUCGACAGUGAUUGUUCAGCAUGUGUGCUCGGUGGCGAUUUUCGUGUGCUGUUUUGUUGGGAUUGUCCAGGAGAGAGUGAGCCCUGUUUCUGUUGUCUGCUGGGGCAGUGUUGGAACAGCCAUGGGGUGGAUUCUGUGGGACUCUUGGGUUUGGAGAGAGCAUCAUGCCAAACAGGCUCAGAAUGCGGAGCGCAUCGCGGACGGAGACGAUGGUUCCAGUUCGAGCUCUGCAGCGAGCUCGGUCAAUCCGUCGUCGGGGGCUGCGUCGCGACCGGUUGGCCCGAAGGAUGGUCAGAACGAGGUUCAUGGUCUGGGACUGACCAUUUCCAGCGGUGAACCUUGCGGAUUGCUGCGGCGACGUAGCACAGGACUCAGUGGUGAGGCUUAUGGCCCGUGUGAUCCUGGCUCGCCUAGUCACCAGGCCAAUGGUGGCCUCAGCAAUAUGCAUUUGCAUCAUGGCUCCCAGGAGACCGACGAGACUUUGUUACUCUCGUCAAGGAACCGCCAGCGACUUUCGACUGUCAAGUCAGCGUUCCUGAUCUACUUUUCGCUGCUUGGACUUAGCCCUAUCCUGAAAUCGCUUACCAAGUCUACCGCCAGCGACUCCAUUUGGGCAAUGAGUUGCUGGCUGUUGAUCAUGAACAUAUUCUCCUUUGAUUACGGAAGCGGGGAAGGCGCGGGCGCCACCAAAUUCCCGGCUUCGCUGUCCACUAAUGCGGCUGUGAUGGCAUCGACUGUCCUGGCGUCUCGUCUGCCGUCUACAACCCAUGUCUUCAGUCUGAUGUUGUUCUCGAUUGAAGUCUUUGGACUGUUCCCCAUCUUCCGCCGGCAGCUACGGCACACCUCCUGGACUGGACAUGUCCUCCUCACGCUGGCGCUGGUCAUUGUGGCUGGAGGUGCGGUCGGAAUGACCCUGCGCGGAGGAUGGACCGCCGCGGUGGUCGGGUCGUUCUUAGGGAGUAUCAUGACUGCUUUUGCCAUGGGGGGAUGUAGCUGGUGGCUCAUCAGUCUUCAGAAGUACAAGAACGUGGUGACAGGGCCAUGGGACCCAGCGCGGCCGAUUAUCCGGCGACAAUGGGAUUAG